AUGGAUUUCGGAUAUGCCCUCGUGACAUAUGGGAGGCCCGCGUGGGAGAAACGCUGGAAGCGCCGUAGCGAAUUAGGGAAACUCACUAAAAACUGUGCGAACUUCUCCAACCUGAAAGCUGUGAGGCUACAGCCACCUCAAGAUUUUGUUCUUGGUCAGAUUUUGGACAUUUCGAUGUUUGCCGGGUGCACGCAUGUUAAGGUUACAGGAACCACAAAGGGUAAGGGUUUCGCCGGUGUCAUAAAACGGCAUGGAUUCGCCAGAGGGCCAAUGAGUCACGGAUCCAAGCAUCACAGGAGGCCGGGCUCAAUUGGAGCGUCAACCACUCCAGGUUCUGUUAAACCGGGUAAACGCAUGGCUGGCCGCCUCGGCGGCAACACUUGCAGCUUCCGGAAACUAAAAGUCCUGGGUAUUAAUCCCGAAACGUCACUUAUGUACAUAAAAGGCCUUGUCGCCGGCUCGAAAGGCAGCUACGUAUCCGUCACGUCAGACAUGCAGCCUCCCACGCCCGAAAACAUUCUCAAAUAA